CAGUUAUCCAAAAAACAAUGUGUUGUAUUUAAUAACCCCAGCGAGUAACGAGAACAUUUUUUUUUUCAAAAAGCAAAAUAUGCAUGAAGGGAAUAGUAAUCAUGCUGUUAAAUUGCCACGUCGUACAUCAGUCACACCAAUCGUACAAAAAUCAUCAUCUUUAGUUCCUCCAGCUAGUGGUCGUAAAUCACUUUGUACUACUACAACAUCGAAUACAACAACUAUCAAUUCCUCAAAUGAAACAAGUACAUUUUUCCCGUCGAAUAAACUACGUCGUAUGUCUAUGCUGUUUAACAUUGAUCGAGCAAAAACACGUGAAGUGAUUAUGUCUGUGUUGGAAGAUCCAACAAGAACAGAAUUUAAACGUUUAAAAUUAGAAAAUGAAUGUUUAAUUAAUGAAUGGAAACAAGUACGUAAAGUAUUGGAACAAUUACAAACAGAUUACGAGACAAGUCGUUCUUUGGAUCCAUUAAGACGCUAUAAAAAUUUACAAGGUAUGAUUAAACGUAUUGUUAUGCAUAUACGUAUCACUGAACCGGGUUCAAUGAAAAAAUUCUCUACACAUUCAGAUUAUACCAAUGAAACUAGUACUACUACUACAUUACAAGGUGAUGUGUUACAAAGUGAAACAAAACUGAAGGAAAUGGAGAAACGUGUUGGACAAAUUUGUGAUAAUUAUUCCAUUGAAGAAUUAACAAGAGAAAAUCGACGACUCAAUGAAUUAAAUGAACGUUUAGAAAAUCGUUUACAAUUAAUCACACAAACAAUUAAUGAACUAGAUCAUUUAUAUCAUUCCGUCAAAAAUGAUGGUUUCUUUAAACGUUAUACAACAUUGAAAGAUGCUGUGAAACGUAUUGUGACUAAUGAGGAUUUUUAUGAAAAUCCUUAAGUACCUCCUAUGGACAAAAUACGCAUACUUAUAAUAAAUAAUGAAAGAUUUUAUUUUCAACUUUGUCUCUCACUCGCUCUCUCCUCCAUUUCAAAAUCAAAUUGUAUCGUACAAGAAUAAUAUGAAAUUGAAUUUUGUACAAAUCUACUUGUUUAUUCCUUGAAAUUGUUAUUUUCGAUUUAAUAAAACACUGAUUUGUUGUUGUUGUUGUU